CGCUGUCAAAUGAAUGUGUCGGUUAUUCCUGUGCUGUGCUCCGCGGAGUGAGGAGCUCCUGACACGCCGCAAACACGGCCAUUUCAGUCAAAUAAACGCGUUAGACGGGGUCUUUAGGCGCGAACACGAGCCGUUUUUGGGGUCUGUAUAAAGCGGAGGUCUUAUUCGGUACCGCCCUGUUAGCUAGUGGUUAGCAUUAGAUUACCUCAGCCGGCCGCUGACCGCUAGCUCGCUAUGGCUUCGUGUAUUUGCAGUACAGUGCGUUUAUAAAGAAGCUAUGGGGUUUAUCGUAUGCUUUUUGGGCAACAUGUGCGUGAUUAAAUAAACGUCAGUGAUUAAUUAUUUGUUGUAGUUUAUUACUGUAGUAGUUUUUUGUACAUCAGUGAUGCCCGAAUGGCGGGUUGGGUGAGCGCGCGCCGACUCUGCAGCCGACUGGCAUUGCGCUCGCAAGCGCCCCUGCGAGAGUACGGCGCAUGCGCCAGGCAUCUUGCUGUGUGUGUGGCUUUGCAAAAGAAGCCCCAACAAGGGACACUGUGCUGGAACCAAAGAACCACCUCUGCAGCACCAGCUCGAAGCUUCAUCAGUCUUGGCAACAAGAGGAAGCAGUACUCAGAGCGGCGCAUCAUGGGAUACUCGAUGCAGGAGAUGUACGACGUAGUAGCCAACGUGGACGAUUACAAACACUUUGUCCCGUGGUGUAAAAAGUCCCAGACCAUAAUGAAGAGAGCAGGACAUGCUAAAGCACAGCUGGAGGUGGGGUUUCCGCCGAUGAUGGAGAGGUACACCUCUAUGAUCACCAACGUUCGGCCACAUCUGGUCAAAGCCGUUUGCUCUGAUGGAAAACUUUUUAAUCACUUAGAGACCAUAUGGAGGUUCAGCCCGGGUAUUCCUGGAUAUCCUAGGACCUGCACUGUGGACUUUUCUAUCUCAUUUGAGUUCCGCUCUGUCCUGCACUCGCAACUCGCCACUGUGUUCUUCGACGAGGUCGUGAAGCAGAUGGUGGCGGCAUUUGAGAGCCGAGCUGGGAAACUGUACGGCCCUGAAACUCGUAUUCCCAGAGAACUCAUGUCCCAUGACGUGCAUCAGACGUGAAACACGCAUGGGCUCGCACACACAGCAGAAGAUUUUAAUUUUUAUUCCAUAGACCUCUUUAGGUUUUGAGGAGCAUGUUCUGGUUUCUCAGAACUCUUCUCCUGGCAUUAUGAUUGGUUAAAAAUAGUAGGUUCUCCCUAUCAUGAAAUAAUUUAGGUGCUCAUUUAACUCAGUGAUCUACUGUUACACUCUUAAUGGUCCACCUGAUUUAAUGUUAGUGAUGUUAGAAGGCCAGGCUUUGGGUUGUCGUACUGUCGAAUGCUGUAGUUACUGUAAAAUGUUCACUUUGAGCAUGACGGUGAACGUGGGUGAUACGACAAGGACAUCAUCUCACGAUCUCAGGAGUAUCAUGAUCAUCCUUAUCAUGAUACAGAGUGUCAUGUGAUUGUAUCGCCCAGCCCUGGACCAUAGGCUAUUAAAAAAAAAAUUAAAUAUUGGCUUUGAUUUCACAAAAACUCA